AUUACAUUUGCAAUAAAUGAAUUAAAUAUAAGAAUAAAUAAUAAAUGAAUUUUGUUACAGUUAGUGUCUUCCCGAAUAGAGAACGUGGCCUUCUCUCCGUACGGCGUUGUGUCUGUCGGACUGGUGCUGUACGAAGGUGCCAGCGGCACUACCGCAGCGGAGAUACACAACACGCUCCGCCUGCCCUGGAACAGGCACCUUACCAGGAUAGGUUUCAGAGAUUUACAUCGAUAUUUGAAAAGCUAUUUUACAAAUGAUGGUUUUCUUCGAGGAUUAGUAUUGAGCAAGCCCAAUGUUAUCCUUCAUUGGAAUUAUACAAGACAACUUCAAUUUUAUGGAUUCGACUUGAAAUCUACAGAUACCACAUCUAAGGUUCCUAGUACUACGCAAACUACGCCUUUCGAACAAACUACCAAACCUUUGUUAACUGGUAUAGGAACUUCAACUGAAAUACCUACUCAACAAACUACCAAACCUUUGUUAACUAAUAUAGGAACUUCAAAUGAAAAACCUACUCAACAAACUACCAAACCUUUGUUAACUACCGUAGAAACUUCAACUGAAAUACCUACUCAACAAAAUACCAAACCUUCGUUAACUACCGUCGAAACAUCAACAGAAAUACCUACUCAACAAAAUACUACAACACCUUCGUUAACUACCGUAGAAACUUCACCAGAAAUACCUGCCCAACAAAAUACUACAACACCUUCGUUAACUACCGUAGAAACUUCAAUUACCACUCAACGUACGGAUGCUGCUACUACAGAUGCAGCAAUGGUUCCUUCAAUUACUCCAUUAAUUGAAAAUAGAGAUAUAACAAUACCCGACGAUCAAGAGGCUGAACAGACAUCAAAGGCUUCUUUAACCGAGCCAACUACAGCCAAAAUUGAAACUAAUGAUGAAGAAACUCAGCCAACCGGAGAGGUGUCUAAGCCUGGUUCAACGAUUCCUACGACAACCGAUUCUAUUACAGCAGACGGUAAUAACCAACAAACUGAAGAAGUGAUAAGCGUGAGAGAAAAUGAAACGCAGAAAACGGAGGAAACACCAAAGGUAACAACAGAUGUUGCAAAUACACAAAGUGAAGAGACACAAACAACACCAAACGUUCAAACCUCAAUUAGCUCUCAGACAGAAACGAGGACUGCAGGUACUAUAUCUGAAGCUUCGACGUUGGAAACAACAGUUGCAGAUAUUGGAGAAGUAGAUGAACGAUUCGGAAUUAUUGAAACGGAAGUUCCAACUACGGAACCAUUAACCCAGAAAACCGAAAUAACUUCAGUGUCUACAAAUUCACCAAGUACAUCGCAAACAGUAACGGACAAUGUUCCUGAAACAACGACGACGCCUUUGUCAGUUACAAUGAUAUCACAAGUUACUAAUGAACAUAAGGCAGAAUCAGAGGCUACAAUAGUUACUAGCGUUCCACAACCUACGGAAACCAGUGCUUCAAAAGGAACAGAAGUGGUGGUGAAUGAAGCAACGCCUGAUUUAACUUCUGCAGCUCAAAGUGAAGGGACUAAUACCGAAUCACAGUUCCCUACGGAAGCUUCAACCACUUUACCACAGUCCACUCUAACAGAAAGUGUGGGUACAACUUCUGCUAGUACGAUUCCCCCAUCAACGAAUACGGAAACAGAAACAACGAAUGAAAUAAGUACUCAACACACCACGAGUGAGGCAAACGGGACACCGCACGAUAACGAAAUUGCCAGAAAGAGGAGAGCAUUACAACGUUCUAAAGAACAUUUUCAGGAAAACAGAGAAGGGAUUUCAAAUUGGGUACCUCGUUACCAUGAUCCUAGGUGGAUGUACCACGCACCAUUAGAGAACUGGUUUUUCUCCUACUUCGGUUUUGAAAAAGUUCCUGUAAUAACCUACACUGCAUAUCUUCCUUUUGCAUAUAUUGACGAUCUUGCAACAUCAGCUCUGCAGGUUCCACUAGAUGAUUCUAGAUACUAUAUGCUGAUUCUACUACCACAAAAAAGAUAUGCACUAGAAAACCUUCUCAUUUCACUACAAUGGUGUCCGAUUCGCGCGAUAAUUAAUCAAUUAAAGCUAACGGCUGUUUUUGCAACUGUUCCAGUUUUCAACAUCGUAAAACAUGUUAAUUUAGUCCCAGCAUUAGCCAAAUUAGGAAUACUCAGCGUAUUUAAUCCUUCAACAGCUGAUCUCAGUGCUAUGUCCUCUGAAAAAGGAAUAUUUGUGAGGACCAUUGAACAAGUGGUUACUGUUUCCCUCAGGAGAUACAUGGCAAACCAACGGGUUCUGGACGUGCAACCUGAUGAAGUGGAGCACCAAUUCAUUGCAAACCACCCAUUCGCCUACUUCGUCAUCGACAAGGAGACCGAUGUGGUCCUAAUGACUGGCACAAUUGUAAACCCAAUAGCUUACAAUCAAUGAAUGAUUGAUAUAAGUCAAGCGGCGAUGUUCAAUGGACGAUAGAUUAGUUUAACUAGAGCUACAUGGUCUUUCAUUAUAGAUAGUGCAGAAGUCUGGAUAUAAGAGAUAAGACGAUGGGUUGGUUCCAAUAAUAGGUUUAUCAUCUAAUUAGAUAUUAAGUAUUAAUUUUAAUGAUGCCUAUAGACUUGGGAACCGAACUGUUCGCGAACGGCAAGCUUGCCAGAAAUAAAAUACUAUUUUUGUAAUAAAGUAAUAGGCCAAUAGAUCACCGAGCUAUCAACAUUAUUCUAUAAUAUUAUAAAAUUCUAUAGCUCUAUAAAGGGCCAUUCUCUUACAUAAAAUUUUUAAAUUUUAUUAAUUUAAGAAUAUGAAACAUACAUCGUAUUUAUAUACGUAAUAAUUGUCCAAUGCCUUAGCUACCUAGCGCAGUUCGAGCGAUUUGCUUCAGGCGAAUCCGGCUCAGAAGAGGCACCAAUCUGAGAGGAAAAAAAAACACACCAAGAUGACACUGAUCAUAAAAUUUUAUAAACUUGAGGUAGCUGAAACGUAAUACAAUAGUAAAAUAAUGUCGCUUGUUUGGAAAUCUCACGGUCCAUUUCUUUAUUACAACAUAAUCAAGGUAUAUGUUAAAUUAAAGACUCAUGGAAAGAAAAAAAAAAAAAAAUACAUACUGCCAGGAGUUUCUGAUGAACGAACAGAUUUAUACAAUUUGCGAAACUUCGGCAUCCUUGAUUUUAUUACCUUUUCUUAACCAGUUUUUAUUUAAUUAAGAAGUAGUAACAAUACUUAAUAAUUUUAUAAAAAUAAGAAAAGUUAAUGAAAAAUUGACAUUGCUCUCUCUCUCUCUCUCUCCCUCAUACUGUAAAUAUUACCAGACAACGAAGUAAUUAAGAAGUUGUCAAUUUCCUUUAACAUAUUUUAUUUUAUAAAAGAAUAAAUUCAUAUAUAUUAGUGGAAAUCUCUAAGUUUGUUAAAAACAAUUAUUCCUAGAAUAAUUUCAAAUUUCUUUGAAGUGUUCUUUUUAAUUAUUAUAUUUAAUCAAUUUAUGAUUUAUUUUGUAAUAGUUGCAAUUUCUGUUUUUCGUAAAAACGUAGAUUGUUCAUAUUAUUUUUUCUUCAACUUGAUGGACUACAGUUUCUCCCAUAAAAACAGUGUUUUCUGCAAAAAUAAUGACUGUUAACUAUUAUAAAGCUUUAAUUUUUUCGUGGUCUAGUUAAUAAA